AGCUCAACCCAUAACACCAGAAUUGAAUGCCUUUGGGUAGAGGUUGGCUAUUGCGAGAUUUUUGUGGAGGAAUGGAACCAUCAUCCAAUCUCUGGUCCAACAACACAGCACCAAUCUCCACUGGAUAUUUGUUUGCUCCCUGAUAUUGAGAACAGAGUUUAUAUUACCAAUCCAUUGCAUGAUGUACACCCUGAUAUACUUACCCGAUACUAUGGUACUGGUGGCCCACCACUGUCUCACAUUGAUGAAGAAGAUUCCAAUGUGCAAACUCAAACCACCUUACAAGAUGAGAUUGCCAGUGACCUGCAGUCAAACCUUCAUGACCAGCCUGUCCCUGUACCAGACAACUCAAAUCCAUUCCCUUCUCCUGAAGCAGAGGUCAUUUUCCACCAAGCCCUCGCUGAUGUGCAAUCUGCAGGUGUGAAGCCUGAUGAUACAUUUCUUCCCGCUUCAGAGUGGGCAAUCAAUACUUAUGAAACUCACGAGGAUAUAUCUGUAGGCUUUUGA